AUUGAAUUGGAUUUAUCAAACCCCGAUCUCUGCGCAUGUGGAAUAUAUAUCUUUGUUGGCAGCCAUGAAGGGCGACGAUAAAAGCUAUUAAAAGGAUUCCCCCAGGAGAGAAAAGGAUUCCACAGAGAGAAGACGCCAGCAAAGAUGAUCAAGUUCAGGUACAAGCGGAAGGAGCCCACCAAUGUGGUGUCACCCAUCAGCACCACCAGCACUAGUGGAGGAGCAGGAGGAGGAGGAGGACGAGGACCUCCAGGAUCAGAGUCUCCUGCCACAUCCAUGCCCGCCUCUCCACCUGCCGCUGCAGCUGCCUCACCCAAGGCCAUACCCAUACCCGGCUGCAGUCCCCUGCAUCAUCCCCAACUGGGUCACCUGAUGAUGGCCACCAAUGGAAAUGGAGGUGGUACUCUGCCCCGCAGCAGUCCCAGGAAGCUAAUGAUGCCGGACGGAGGAUUGGGUGAGAAAUCUGCCACUCUGACCAGGCAGCAGUCCAAGCCAAAGUCGGUGAGCCAUCUGGCCAAGGUAUCCAGCAGUUUGGAGUUGGCUGUUUUGGGCUAUAACAAUGGCAGCAUCAACAACCUGGCCAAUACCAAUGGAAAUGCUGAGCGAGAUCGUUGCAUCAAUGCGGUUAUUGAACUCUUCCAGCAGCUGCAGACCAGCUCAGAGCCGGCUCUUUGCCCGGAGCCACUGCGUCGUGCUCUGGCCAGUGGUCCCUUGGCGGGACGCCGCUUUCCCUUGGGCUGCCUGGGCGAUGCCGCCGAAUGCUUCGAGCUGCUCCUCCAUCGCGUCCAUUCGCACAUCUCGCCGGAUGACGGUGACUCCUGCGAGUCCUCGGCCUGCAUUGCCCAUCGACGCUUCGCCAUGCGAGUGAUCGAGCAGAGUGUCUGCAAAUGUGGAGCCAACUCCGAGCAGCUGCCCUUCACCCAGAUGGUUCACUACGUCUCCGCCUCGGCAUUGACUUCGCAGAAGAGCCUGGCCCUCCAGUCCCACCAGCAGCUGAGCUUUGGCCAACUCCUGCGGGCGGCGGGCAACAUGGGCGAUAUACGUGACUGUCCGAAUACAUGUGGAGCCAAAAUUGGCAUCUGUCGGGCUCUGCUCAAUCGUCCCGAUGUGGUAUCCAUUGGCAUUGUUUGGGACUCGGAACGUCCUGCCGCGGAUCAGGUUCAUGCCGUGCUCAAGGCCGUGGGCACCAGUCUCCGUCUGGGUGAUGUCUUCCAUCAGGUCAGCGAGCAGAGAUGGGCACAACAGACGCAGCACGAGCUGGUGGGGAUUGUAUCCUACUACGGCAAGCACUACACCACCUUUUUCUUCCACACCAAGCUCAAGGUGUGGGUGUACUUUGACGAUGCCAAUGUCAAGGAGGUGGGUCCCAGCUGGGAGGGUGUGGUGGACAAGUGCAGUCGAGGACGCUAUCAGCCGCUGCUCCUGCUCUAUGCCGUGCCCCAGCAGCCUUCGUCGUCAUCGAUCACCGGAGGAGGUCUGGAGGGAAUGCCUGCCACCACAUUACCCACACCAGUGGCUCCCACCAGUGCCUCUGUGGUGCGUCGGGCGGUGACUCCCAGUCCGGAGAAGCCCUGUUUGGGCAACACGAGGCGUGCCAUCACGCCAACGCCACUGCGAACGCCGGCCACUAAUGAUUACCAGAACCUGAGUGUCAUUCAGAAGAACAUCUUCCCCGGAUCCGAUGAGACGGAUGCCUACAUCAGUCGCAAAACCGUGGAGCAUGUCCUGAGUGCGCAGUACCAGAACCUGAGCGUGAUUCAGGACAAGAUCGGGACACAGGGACAGAUGGCAGUAGGAGGACAAGGACCAGGAUCAGGAUCAGGACAGGCAGUACAGUCCGGAGCCCUGGACAAGGAUGGCGGCUUCCUCAGUCGCAAACCCAUCGAGGCGGUGCUCAGUGCCCAGCUGGCACGUCGCCAGCAUCUUCAGCUGCAGCGUAGCCACAGUGCCGAGUCGAGUUCUGGCCAUGGCAGCCAUGGUUCCUCCUCCACCACCUCCUCCAAUGGCAGCUCACCGCCCAGCGAUGGCCUCACCAUGCCCGAGCAUCUCAAUCAGCCGCGGCGCAGGGAUUCAGGCAACUGGUCCGGGGAUAGGAACAGUGCCAGCUCCGCCAGCUCCACGACCCUGGAUAAUCCCUACCUGUAUAUGGUGGCCAAGCGAGGUGGUGUGGCUGCCGUACCGCAGAGUCCAACACGUCAUGGAUUGCCCUAUGAUCCAGGCUAUGAUUCCUUCUCGCUAAGCUCCACGGACUCGUAUCCACCGAAGCAUACGCUAAGGGAUCCUCAGCUGGCCAAGAUACCAGAGGCAGCCAUGGGUAUGCCGGCACAUGCAGGACAUCCAGGCCUUGGAGGACUUGCCGCACACAAUGGACACGGACUGGCCUUGUCCGGGGACUGCGAGAAGCUGUGUCACGAGGCCGAUCAGCUGCUGGAGAAGUCGCGGCUGGUGGAGGAGUCUCACGAUCUGGAAACCGCUUUGGUUCUUUGCAAUGCCGCCGCCGGACGGGCACGGGCUGCCAUGGAUGCACCAUACAGUAAUCCGCACACCAUGACCUUUGCCCGAAUGAAGCACAACACGUGCGUGAUGCGAGCCAGGAGCCUGCAUCGUCGCAUCCUGGUGGAGAAGGGUGCCGAAACGGAGGCCAUGCCAGAGCUGAAGCAUAUGCGGGAGGGCAGUACCAGUAGCGUGAAGCAUGUGCGCCAGAACAGCAAGGAUCGCACGCUGGACAAGGAGCAGCAGCAGCAGCAUCUGCAGCAGCAGCAGCAGCAGCAACAAUUCCAGCAGCUGCAGCAGCAAAUCCCCGCCAGCAUCGAGAUCUAUGCCACGCUGCCCAAGCGGAAGAGUCCGCUCAAGGCUCUGGCCGCCGCCUCCGCAUGCGAUGACAAUGCCAUUGAGUACGAGCAGGAGCGGGAGAAGGUCAGCGAGAAGGACAAGGAGAAGCAGGGAACACCCGGCAAGCCAGAGCGCGAGAGUCGCUCAUUGUUUGGACGCCGGGACAAGGACAAGGACAAGGACAAGGAGAAGGAGAAGCGAAGCCGGAGCGAGGAUCGCAACAAGCUCACCCGUGAGUUCUCGCUCACCGAAACACUGCUGGUCAAUGCCAAGGACACGCUGAAGAAGCACAAGGAGGACAAGGACGAGAAGAAGGAGAAGGACAAGAGCGGCAAGAAGCAGCACAAGAUCCGGCGCAAGCUUCUAAUGGGUGGCCUCAUACGCCGCAAGAAUCGCUCCAUGCCGGACCUCACCGAGGCGGAUCUCACCGAGGCCACGCACCAUCCCCACGCACAUUCCCAUCAUCAUCCGCAUUAUCCGGCCAUGGCCACCGCCGGCUCGCAGCUCCUCCUGGGCAGCUCCGUGGACGACAGCGCCGUGGGUCUGGGCAAGCACAGCCAUGGCCUGGCCCAUUCGGCCGCCAUGAGUGGCUACAUCUCCGAGGGACACUUUGACUAUCCCACGGGAGGUAAUGGCGGAGGAGCUGCUGGCCAGGCGGGAGCCGGUGCGAAUCCGAAUCCCAAUCUGGAGCGCAGCAAGCUGAUGCGCAAGAGCUUCCAUGGAAGCGGCCGUCAGCUGACCAUGGUGCCCAAGGUGGCUCCGCCGCCGCCCAUGCGCACCAGCUCCACGCUGACCCCCCAGCAGCAGCAGCAGCAGCAGCAGCAGCAGCAGCAGCAGCAGCAGUUCCACCACGAGGCCAACCUCUCCAACCUGUCCGCCAUGAGCUCCAACACUUCCAUUAGCGAGGAUUCCUGCCAGACGAUCAUCACCACCUGUGCCCAGGUCCAUUCCGAGCAGAGUCCCCUCAAGGAUCAGCUGCAGAUGCUGGGCCAGGACCUGCCCCUGCCACCGCCAAUGGAACUGCCCCCAUAUCCCAGUCCGCCGCACUCUGCCUGCCAUUCGCGGCAGGCUAGCGAGGAUUUCCCGCCGCCACCGCCACCAGAACUGGAUUUGGAGCCACUCAACCAGCAGCUUUGCCAGCUGCAGGCAUUGGAGGCGGCCAGCAAGCAGCAGCGUCAGCAGUUGGACUCCCUGGAGGGCACCACCAGCAUCCUGGCCCAGCUGCAGCAGCGCCAGCAUCUGCUCAAGCUGCGCAAGGAGCAGCAACAGCAGCAGCCGAACGGUGGCCAUCCCGCGGAUGCCACCUGGCUGAAGGAGCUGCAGGCGAAGCAGGCCAGCGAUCUGAGGGCCAUGCAGCGCAAACUGGAGGCCUCCUCGCCGUCCAGUGUCCGGGAUCUGGCGCAUCGAUUCGAGCAGACGCAGAUCCGGUCGUAUGCCUCCCAGGAGUUGCUCUCACAGCCGGCGGCCCAGCUGCGCACGCAGAUGAAUGGCCUGCCCAGCGCCAAGCUGGAUGUGGAUGAAGUAGACUCGAGGCCCAUCCUAGGACUCCACCAGCAACACCAGCAACAGCAGCAGCAACAGCAGCAGCAGCAGCAGUUGGUGUUGCCCAAGCCCAAGUAUGAGAUGAGCCAGUCGCAGAUCGCAGAGGAGAUCCGCGAAGUGGAGCUGCUCAACACGAUGGUGCAGCAGAGUCUCCAGCAGAAUCAGCCACCCAAGCGGGUCAAGAAGAAGAGUGUGUCCUUUUGCGACCAGGUGAUCCUCGUGGCCACCGCCGGCAAUGAGGAGGACGAUGACUUCAUACCGAAUCCCAUCUUGGAGCGGGUCCUACGCACCGCCCAGCAUCCCAACGAGAAAGUGAGCGGCGUCACAGCCCAAAUGAUCCAGCAGCAGCAGCAGAACAUGCUUCGGCUGCAGACAGAGGCACAACCCAGACAGCAGCAGCAGUUGCAGCAGCCACAGUUGCAGCAGCAACCAUCACCCAUGCUGGGCAGGCCAGCAGCUGCAGCUCCACCCAAUGCGGAUAUGCAGCGCUAUGUCCAGAGGAUACAGCACCACCAGGAGUUGAUUCGCCAGCAGCAGCAACAGAAGCAACAGCAGCAGCAGCAGCAGCAGCAACAUCAGAUGCAGCAGCAACAGCAGAUGCAGCAGCAACAUCGCACCAGCAUGAACGGCCUGGCCAGCCAGCAGGUGCAGCACCUACAGCAGCAGCAGCCAAUGGAUAGCCAGUACACCAGCAUGCCCAGACCCCUGCACCACAACCAGAUGCUGGCCCAGAGCUACUCCGUGCAGCUGCAGAAGCACCAGCAACUCCAGCAGCAGCAGCAGCAGCAGCAGCAACAGCAGCAGUCGCCCCAACUGAGCCUGGGCUACUUUAGCAACGGCUCUGUGGCAAUCUCGGAGCAAGUGCCCCUGCCCUCACCCUACCAGCGUGUGCCACUGCCCCAUGGCUACCCGGCAGCAGCUGGCGGUCCAGGACUUGCUCCAGGACCUGCUACCGGUGCCGGCCCAGCAACCGGACCCUAUUUCCCACUGCCCAAUGUCCAACAGCACCAGCAGCAGCAGCAGCAGCAACUCCUACAGCAGCAACAACUGUUGGCAGGGAAACCGGCCGCCAAGAAGGUGAGCUUUGAGCCAGGGACCAAGGGCGAAGCCGACUGCCUGCCACCGCCACCCCCGCCUCAGACCAAACUAGCCCUGCAGAAUGGUCUGCCCGAGGCAGCAGCAGGAGCAGCAGCAGCAGCAUCAUCGCUUAAUGGUGUUGCUCCAGCUCCAGGAUCAGCGCCAGCAUCCAUCACUGCCAUACCCACCCGCGUCUACAACAAUGCCAUUGUGAAGGCCUCGGCCAAGGCCGUCGAGUGCAAUCUGUGCCGGAAGCGGCAUGUGAUUGCGCCGGCGGUGUACUGCACCAACUGCGAGUACUACCUGCAGAUGCUCAAUCAGCGCAGGUGAUGAUCAGGAUCAGGAUCAGGAUCAGGAUCACGAUCUGCAGAUGCCUCGAUCUAGUGCAACUUUCUAGCCGUACAUGGAACCCGUUAAUCUCAAGCAACGCAAUGCUGCCACAAGGAUGUACAUAGCCAGGAUAACUUAGCCCGUAAGCCCGUAAGGAGGAGCAAAAGGAGCAACAGCUGCCGCCAGGAUAAUUGGAUUGCGAGAGAGUGGGGAACACAGUCCUUCUAUGGUCCCACAUGAGAAGUGCCCGCUGUGCCAACCCAUCCACCAAACCAGCCAUCAUCAUCCACACCCAUCCAAGCAUCUCGGUCCCCAAGCAUAUUCCCAAUCAUUCCCAACAAAAACACGGAUAUACUUGCAAGGACACUAACAUACACCCAUUGAGGCAUUCCUGGCCAGCAGUUCGCUUCCCACUAACCCUAAGUGUUUUUUUUACUGGAGAUUUGAAAUCUCCGCGAGCUCUCUUUUUUUGGGGGUAAUUUUGGAGCCACGAAAGCCCCGAAACUGGAACGAUUUUAAUCACACUUUUUUUGUGUAGUAAUAGUAUAUCCUUUUUUUCUAAGAAUCUCAGUCGCUGAGCUUCCUUGUGCGGGUUGUUGUCCAACGACACUCGCAUUCCAU